GAACAUGAUCUGGAAACCACUGCUUAGAAAGCAGGUAAAGACCAGAGGAUUUUGAUACACUAUGAGGAUCUUAAUUUUUGUGCUUACAGUGGGUGUUUUCUCAUGUUCAGCGUUUCCAGUGUAUGACUAUGAACUGCCGGUCACAGAAGAGGCUCUCAAUGCUUCCAUUGCAAGAAUCAAUUCUCAGUCACGGGGGCCAAACCUGUAUGGUGUUGUCAGGAGUCACGUUAGAAGUGUUGACAUGUGGAACAGCAAUGAUUACAAGCUGGUGAUACAGUUCAGUAUCCGUGAAACUGUAUGCACCAAAAUUUCAGGGAGAGACCCAUUCACAUGUGACUUCAAAAUAGGGCCUUUUGUGCCAAGUGCUUUCUGCAGAAGUGUUGUGAUAGUCUCUGAAGAGCAGAUCACAAACAUGGUUGUCCAGUGCCAUCAGGAUAUGUUCAGCUCAGAAUCAAUAAGCAGUGAAGAGAUGAUGUACACACAGAUAAUGAACCCCUCCAGGCGAGGCAGCAGUCUCUCUGAAGGUCUCUUUGCUCCUGAAACCUUCCCUUCAAGAAGAGGUAGCAGCAGUUAUGGAAACUGGCGUAAACGCAGCUAUGUCAGCUCUGACAAGACUGAAUAACGUGAUCUGGUAGAGUGGAGAAUAAGAAGAAUCAAGAUUCAAAGAUGCAGCAUGUGGAAAAAGGACCYGAUACAAUUUCUUUUGCCUUCUGAGCAAAAUCAACUGUGUAACGAAGCAGCAGUCUUCUUCCAAACUCAAUUCCUGUUUUAAUGCCAGAAGUCCAUUGGAUGAACUUGAAAGGUGCUAAACAUUUGCAGCUGGCACCGGAGAGUAUUCUGAUGUUAGGAUUCAUUAGGAGAGCUCUUGCACACCUAGCAUAACUAUAUCCAGGUUCAUCUCRUAAUGAUGCCAUUAAAGGAUGAUUAUUCCAUCUGUAUUCUGGGUUGCUCCCUGGUUGCUUAGUUGCCUGUAAUUUACUGUAAUGCUUGUAGCUAAUUUUUGAUCCAUUCAAACUAAUAAAGCACCUCAUUCCUUUUUCUCUGGAGGGCAAUAGCUAUGGAUGAAGUCUUGCAAUGGAUCCAAAGGCGUGAGUGUUAACUGACCCCAAAUGCAGCUUUGUAUAGGCACCCAACUGCUAUUAUGGCAGGUCAAUGAAAAGCUAGAUCAGAACUGCUCUUCCUCACAUGCUGAUGACUCUAGGACCAAGGCUGUGUUAGCU